GUCGUUGCCAAGUCCUGUGACUGGAACGGAGAAAGACACACCAGUUGCUAGCUAGCUACAAAGCAAAAGGCUUCUAUCUCAAUUGUUUGGUAGCGGGCUGACUAUUGCAUAUUCUCCUUGACCGUGUGGAUCACUGAAAGAUGUCUAAAGCUGUCGAUCGAGCCACAGCGUUCUAUAACGAGGUAGCAGGACAAGGCACAUACAAGAUAAUCUGCAAGGCCUCCAACCAUGAUCUUGCAGGCCCAAAGAAGAAGCAUGUUGACGCCCUUCUUCAAAUAACCAACAACCCUGUCACUCGAAUGUCGGUACUGGCAGACCUGAUUUCUGAGAGGCUCAAGGAUAAGAACUGGGUGGUCGCUUUCAAAACACUCAUUGUGUCUCACAACCUUAUGAGCCUCGGUCAUGAGAAGUUUAUGCAGUGUAUGGCAACACGCUCUAACGUCUUGAUCAUGGAACACUUUAAUGACAGGUCUGACCACAUCUCCAUCGAUAUGAGUGUCUACCUUCGCAAGUACGCAAACUAUCUCAUUUGCAUGUGCACCAACUACAGGACACUGGCUAUGGAUAUUAACAAAAUGCCUAAAGGAGACAACAGUCCAUUCAAGAACAUGGACCCAGUCAAAAUACUUAAGGCUGCUACUAACAUUCAGAAGCAGUUGGACACACUGCUGGAAGUGGAGAUAUCAUCAACAGACCUCACCAAUGGAGUCAUCAACACUGCCUUCCUCAUGCUCUACAAGGACUUGGUGAAGCUGUAUACAGUGUACAACGACAUAAUGAUCAAUCUCCUGGAGAAGUUCUUUGAAAUGAAGAAGUCGCAAUGCAGAGAGACGAUUGAGUUCUACCGUCGGUUCCUCACCAGACAGGAGGGUGUGCAGGCAUUCCUACAAUUGUCUGAGCAAGUCGGUAUUGACAGCCAAACUCAUCUAAACUUGAGGCAGGUGCCUGAGGAUUUGUUGCCAGCUCUCGAAAACCAUCUCUCAGAAAUGGACGCUCUCAAGAAAACAGGCGAUGCGAGUCCUUCGAUUCGUGCCGCUAGUGAAAAGCUGGCUGCUCUGAAGAGUGCUGAGAAAAAGUCUGUCUCUCCGGCAGCUAAAGCAGGCUCCCCCUCCAGUCAAACCAUCCCUUCAGCCAGCACAGAGGUACUCGAGGCACAGAGAAAGAGAUUCGAGGAUCUUAAACGCCAGGCCAGUGUUCCUCGCAAUGUAGAAGUCCAGCAGACCACCACUCAGUCGCCAGCCAAUGAUUUGCUAGGUUUGAACGUGUCCUCCACUAGCACAGCCUCUGCACAGGACCCGUGGAAAAGCUCCAUUCCCUCGGCUGCACCCUCCAACCCCUUCCAACCUGUCUCCACAACAACACUCCCUGUGGGGAAUGGCUCUGCAGUGAUUCCACUCAACGACCCCUGGGGGACAGCACCAGCAGCACCAUCUGCUUAUCAGGAAGUGGAUCUCUUCACUGAGAUACGUGGAUCGGAAGGGAGGACAAGCUUCGAUGCUGUGUUCAGUAGUAAUCCCCUUCUGCCGUCUCAGGGGUCCAAUGAAUGGGACGGGGGCAUCCUUCGACCUCAAGCAGCUGGUCCUCUAGCAUCUCAGGAGCUACUGGAGCCUGUCAAAUCUACCCCAGGACUUGGAGAAGAUGUGGAGUCCAGUCUAGCCAUGGCUGCGGCUAAUCUAAGUAUGUACACCUGGCCAUCAAAUAACACAGCUUCACAUGCUCCAAGUUCUCAUGAUUUGUGGGCCGUAGAGUUGGGACAUAGUGGUAACAAGGCAGGCGUCUUAAAGAAGACUGAGCAUCAAUGGACACCUGCUAAAGAGUCUGUGAGAACAGGAGGGAAUAACUUCCAGAGGCAAGGCAUCCAAGCACGCACUCUGACCUCCCAAGACUCAAUGAAGGCUGGUGCUGGUGCUGGUGCUCCAGUCGACUGGAAUAAGAGUAUGUACGGUGGCCACUUCCCACAGCAGUACCCGAGUCAGCCGAUGGGACCCCCCACAAUGAUGGGACCUCCUGCCAUGAUGGGGUACGGCAUGAUGCCUCCACAGCAACCGUUUGGAAUGCAGCAACCUGUAGCUCCAAUGAUGCAGUCUGGAGGAGGCUGGUAUCCUGGCCAGCAGCCUCAGGGCUUUCAACAACAACAGCAACAACCUAAUGACCCUUUCGGGGCAAUUCCUUCACAGAACAAGUCUCUGUUUUAGAAACUGGACGUUUGAACACUUAGAGCAACAAAUCGUGGCAUAUACGAACUUCAUGCACCAACUCCUUUGUGUUUUAGAUAUCAUAUAAAAUGUGUGUGUGUGUACUCUGUAGUGUUCCAUUCUAUUUUUAGUUGUGUUACUAAAAAUACAUUGUAAUGACAAAUAUUAAUUUAUUGCCAA